CGAGUGACGUGUUUCCGUUUCCGGGCGGUGACAGGAAGCUCGGCACAUGUGGGUGACUUUGAGGCUGCAGGUCAGGGAAUCGCAGCGAUGGACGGCUUUGGGUCAGAUUUCUCCUCCGGAUCCCCGGGCUCCGGGAAAGUAGACACCGGGGCCAUCAUGGAGCAGGUCAAAGUCCAGAUUGCGGUGGCAAAUGCGCAAGAACUGCUGCAGGUUAGCGUCAACACACAAUGCAUCAUGAGACUAACUCCUAGUACUGCCAGCCAUCACCCCAGCCCUCCUCAGAUAACCUGCCACUGCCUCCUAGAUCACCCUGGAUAACAGAGCUUUUUAUAUGUUUAUCUGUCAUGGGGUUUAUUAAUUUAAAGUGGCAAUAUUCCUCCUCCCCACCCCCCCCUUUAAAAAAAAAUUGAGUAUGUCAUAAUGAUAGACUAUUUAGCAACCCCCCUCCCUUGGCGCUGAAGAGGUUAAAACCCCAUUCAGCCACUUACCUUAAUCCAGCGCUGGUGACCUCUCCUCCCCCGCCAACGUCAGCUCCCGAUUGGAGCGGAAUGCGCAUGCGCGGCUAAGUCCAUAGCUCUUGAAAACGUGAGUAGGACCAUAUACUCUUUUAUUGCUUCUACCCCCUUCGGGACAUACUAUACCAUCAGUUGUUAUUUUCUCAUUUCAUAUAAUGUACAAAGACGCAUCUACACCACUCUGAAGAAUCCCCCACUACAAAAGACUGUAUUCACCUCUACAAAGAUAUACCUCGUUGUUUGAUUCAUCUACCAGUCAGACUAUUUAUUCUGGACUUCUAUUUGCUUAUUAUCUAUCAUAUAUAUUGCAUUCUAGUCUGCCUAUUCUGUGCUCUUUUAAUUUAUGUGGUUUGUAGUGGCGCUGCCUUCCUUUCUUUUUUCUGUACCAUUUCUGUUGUAAGGCCUGUGAGGGAGCCCUACUUUUUAGGUGUGCUGCCACUUUUUACUUAUUUAUUAUUGUUUCUGUUGUAUUUUGUAUAGAUAGAGAGCGCUGAUCCCUUUCUUCUGUUCCAUAGGAAAGCAUUACUCGAUGCUUUACUAUGGACAUUGUGCACGCUGGAUGCGAUUUUCGCAUCCAGCGGCGCAGAAGCUCCUCUAGCGGCGGGAUUAACCCUGCAAUGUAAACAUAGCAGUUUCUCUGAAACUGCUAUAUUUACAUCUGAUGGUUUAAAACCAGGGGGACAGACCACUUAAUUGAGCUGAAGUUGUCUGGGUGACUAUAGUGUCCCAGAGAUAUAGAUAUACAGAGAUAAAGUAGGGGAGUACUUUUGUCUAUGUAUAUUUCCUCCGUCUGAAUUAGCUCUGUCUAUGGAGAAUAUAUCUCUCCAUCCGCUAAAGACCUAAAUACUGCAUUCCACAGUGACGUCAGCUCCUUGCGCUUCUGAGGAGAACACGUUGGAUGAAGAUGCUAUUGCGAGGGACGAGUUCAGGUAUAUAAAUCUCAUAUUUACCUGCCUGCUUGGCCUCCGGAAAGCAAGGGACGAUGUCAAUGUCGGGGGUUUCUGCAAAUUUAGCAAAGUUCCCGGGUGGUGACAAUGCCGUUCUAACAGCGAAUUGUAGUGAAUUUAAUUAUAACAGUUUUUUUUUGUUUUUUUUACAAAAGUGAGAAUUCCCAGUGAAUUCAAAGCCAGAGUCGCUGAAUGGAAGGUAUAGCUAAUCUCGAGAAUUUUAUGAUUUAUGUAUAUGGUCUGUAUUGUGGGGGAUUUCACAGUGAGUGAUUUUCACAGUAAGAAGUGCCUCUAGCGGCUGUCAACUAGACAGCCACUAGCGGCUGGAUUAACCUUAUUGUAAACAUAGCAGUUUUCUCUGAAACUGCUAUGUUUUCAGCUGCAGGGUUAAAACCUGAGGGACCUGGCACCCAGACCACUUCAUUGAGCUGAAGUGGUCUGGGUGCCUAUAGUGGUCCUUUAACUUGAGACCUGCAGAGGAUUUGCUAAAGUACAUUGUGUGACAUGAAAUAAUUUGUAUGGUGAAUCUGCAUUUCUUUUUUUUUUGUUUACACCAUCUUGUGUUAUAAAAGCCAUUCCAUGGUUAUAGAAUGCUUAGACAUGGUUGUCUCAAAACAGCAGGAGUGACAGGUUAAAUGAAUCUGUCAUGGCUUGGUCCCAAAAAACCCUUAAUACCAGAACAUCUAAUGCGUAAUGUAUUAGUUUUGGUGCAAGGGGACGUUUUCCAGUCAAUGUUCACGUUUGUCCCUAUGGACAACUCAUUUAGCCAGCCACUAGAGGUGCUCCCUAUUAUGGUCCUGCAAUCUUUGCGAGACUGAUGUUUGUCAUUUUCACACCCUGCAUGAAGAGGCUGAACGCUCUUCAUGUCAAAAUAGAUUAUGCAUAGGGAUCCUCGGCAGCUGAAUUAAGGAAGGGCGUUAUGAAGAGCAUUUGUAGUCUCAUCUUAUUGUAAUAAAAUAUUUUAUUUAAAUUAACACUCCAAGUACAAUAACCACAACAAUUGUAAAUGGUGCAAGGAGUGCCCUGACACAUCCAAUUUGAAGUACAGUUUGGCUUCUUACUGCUCCCCCCUCUACUAGGCAGUAGUGCUUAACCCCUUAAGGACACAUGACAUGUGUGACAUGUCAUGAUUCCCUUUUAUUCCAGAAGUUUGGUCCUUAAGGGGUUAAAGGUCCUAAGCAGAGCUUAGCUCUGUCUAGUACAACCAUAAGCUGGCUGAUUGCUCCCACUUACAAUGUCCAUAGUAUGUGCAAGAGAUGGGUAAAUGUAACCUAUAGGGUAAGCAUACAGUGUUCUAGCCUUCUAGCCAUUAUCAUUGAUGAAAGGGGACCUCUCAUGCCCCAAAUAACGUAUGUUCAGAUUGAGCAUAAAAUUCUGUCUAUACAUUUCGCAAUCAGUUUUGCUAGCAAAUGUAUAGAUUAGGAGAAAAACCUAUUUAAAAUGUUUUUGAGCAAUAUGUCAACUAGCAUGUUAACUAAACUACACUACUUGUAAGCAAUAUGUCAAUUAGCAUGUUAACUAGUAUACACUACUUGUAAGCAAUAUGCCUACUUGGAUGCCCAUUUAUAUUAUGUUGAUGCCCUCCGUGGUGGUACAACCUGCUGUCAAGUUAAUAGUCUGCCUGAUAAAUUAACAAGUUCAAUGGUAUACACUACUGAAAAACAAAAUAUCUAAUUAAUUUAUAUAUUUGUGCAGAAAAUUAACAAAGCAUGUUAGAGGGCACUUGGAAUAUCAACUACCAUAUUCAUGUGCAACUAGUCUUCCUUAUCUUUGUAAUUCAUUGUCGCUAUCACUGAGCCUAGGCUGCCUACGCUACACAUAUCUAUUGCCUAAUAGUUAAACCUAAUUGCCUAGCCAGUUUUUUUAUUAUUUUUAUAAAAAUGUGCACCUUCUCUUUCUGCCAUGCCGAUGUAAUAACGUAUAUGCUAUCAAAACGCUUGUCAGUGCUGUCGUGGCAUUGCAAGCAUGUCUGUAACUAAUUGCACUACUAAAAUAAUGUUAAAAAAUAAAUAAAUGUGUUUUUCCCAGCUGUCAGUCAAUGAUGUGCUGAGUCAUUCACUGAUAAAGGGGAGCAGAAUAGACCUCCCACAUAAAGUUGUUCCCCCCUCCCCCACUCUAUUUAUUUUAAUAACCCCCACCCAUGGCCACGAUGACACCUAAUCUUGUUGGCAUUGAUGACAUAUCGGUUCCGGGUUCAAACAAUAGAUAAAUGACCUUUUUAAAAAACAAACAUCCAAACCUAUAAUGAGCAAUUGGUUUUAUAGGAUUUAAUACUAAUGCAAAUUUUUCUCUAAAUUCCUUCACCCUUACAGAGGAUGACCGAUAAGUGCUUUCGAAAAUGUAUAGGCAAACCUGGUAGCUCCCUGGAUAAUUCAGAGCAGGUAUGUAGUUUCCUUAUUGAUUUCUGGCAUUCAUUCAUUAUGAUGUUAUUGUUACUAAAUGCCAAGUUGCCCCAAUUUAUUUUUUUUCCCAAUUAUUUCUAACAGCUUUAAUUAAUAUAGGAGUUAGUAUAGCAGCUCUUUGCAAGCCAACCUCUAAAUGCCCAACAAUACUUAGAUGCUGCCUAAAAUAAAUAGCAAAUCCUCCUCAAACCAUUUCUACUCCCAUUUUUAUACUGACUGUGAUAGUUCAUUCUGCGUCACUCGCCAGUAGUCUGGUACGUAGGAUAUAUUAAGGUGAACUACUGCCGACACAAUAACCAGAGGGCUCUCCAGGUGUUGUUGAACAGCAUCUCAUUGGAUCCUCAGCCGUACAUUACUCAACUGCAUGCUAUCUAAGGGGCCAUGACAGGUGUUUCAGCACUAGCGUAUGAGCUGCUUUUGGCUGCGCACACUUGCUCUAACACAGUUUCCAUUGAUUCAGUAUUGUUCCUAUAAUAUCUGUGUAGAGCUACAAAUGAUUAACUAACUUGUUACGUUGUGCGUGGGGCUUUUAUUUUUCCUAUACAUUGUUCCAGCCAAACUAUCAAAUUCAUAGAUUCGGGGGCGGGGCCGGGCCGCCGAGCCGAACGGCUGCAACUCACGCCGGCUCCGGCGUAGAAAAGCCUAAAACAGCAUGAAACCUUCAAAAUACUCACGAUCCAUGCCGAAAACCGACACCAGAGAGGUAACCCGGCAGAGAGGAACCGGGGAGUGCAACGCUAGGGCACAUAUUGCACCUCCGGCUCACACAGUGACCCCGGAGGCCUCAACCACGCUACAAGAGCGGGACCCACGGCAUGCAAGCAAGGCGAGGGUGACCUGGCCCGGCCCCGCUCCCCCCCCCCACCCGGCCGGGGGGGUGAUCCCGGCCCAAAGUCGGAACAUCGGAGGCUGGAGGAGAAGGCACGCCCGGUACACGACGCUCCGGUACACGGAGCUAAAAUGGCCGACGGAUACACAGUACCCGCACAGCAUUACGGGACGACUCGCACACAGCAGAAAUCCCGCGCUGGGAUACCGGGACCCCCGGGACGGCGGAGCUCACUACUGGACCACCCCGGGCGGCGGACGAGUCGCUGGAAAGCCGGUCCUGAACCCCGGAUUUGGUGGGGGUCCGGGAGAAACAACCCCCAACUCUGUGAGCCCGGUGGAGCUGAGAAGCGCGGGCCAGCCGGCGGACCGGUGGCCGGAGGGCACGCGCCGGCAACAUGUAAGUGGCCGGAGGAGGAGGUGGCAAGUCAGGGCUGGGGCCCCAAGGAGGCCAUGCUGAAGCUGGGGAGGUGCAGGAGGCGGGAGCCCAGUGGACUCUAAGGUGGGGAGGCCGCCGGACAGCUCCGGCCUCCGAGUGCCCACAGCGGGGUUGUGCCCCCUAAAGAUGCGGAAACACGACUUGGGGUGGGAAAGGGAGGGCACUGUCACACCCGGGGGACCCGGAGAGACUCAGGGGGGGUACAGCUGACCCACCAUGUGCAGCAUCAUUCAGAGGUAGCCAUGGGAAGGUCAUACCAGAAUAAAAGCUGCGAAGAAGACUGCCAAUUUCACACCAGAUGGCUUCAACAUAUCGGGCGUCAUUACGCCCCCUCCAGCGAAGUGACUUAUAUGUUAAAAGUUCAAAUGUGUUUAGCUAGGGCUAACCAGGCUAAUGUUUCCCCUUGCAUAAGCCCUUGUACAUAGGAUAUAAUAGUUGCACAUUCAUUUCACAGCGUGCCUGUGGCGCAGUUGAUAGGGCAAUGACACAAUGCUAACAACUACUUAACACCGCGUUACUUAGUACCGCUUAUUUAAUGGCACGAAACAUGACGUGAUUUAUUAACUACACAUAAGGCCAUCAGCUACGCGCAUCUUAAUGUUUAAUUGUUUAUUGCAUGAUCAGCUACAGUUUACCUCAGAUUGACACAUUAUAGGAUGUUGUUACCUUUUAUGCUGUAAUGCUUAGAAAUGUACUCCUGCAAAGUUCAAGUACGCCUAUAUGUUCUGAUCAUUACGCCUCUGCGCAGGCGAUAAUCUGCAUCUAUUCCUAUGUGCUAACAUUUAAGCCUCUACGUAGGCGACCGUUCACCUUAAUGAAUGCUAUAACUUACUGCUUAAGCCCCUGCGUGGGCAACCUCUGGCUUUAUAACGAACCAGUUCGCAAUAUGCACUUAUAUUGUGAAAACAAUAAAAAUAUUUAAAACAAAUUCAUAGAUUCUAUCCUAAUCGUAAAAUGUACACAUGUCUGGUGACCGACUUCAACUCUUGCUGUUGGGAAGAUCUUGGCCACAUUCCUAUAUACUUAUCUCCCAGAGUUAAUUACAGAGGAUGUUAGAUUUGACACAUGCAUACAUAGGACUUCUGGAGGGGAUAGUUUGCAACCCGAUAUAUUAUUCAAGUGCACAAUGUGUAGGGAAAAAAUUACCAAUCUUUAUUCAAGCAUAUCUCUCAGUCAAAGCAAUGACAUUUGGCCUUAAUCAUUGAAACGUUACUGAGAAAUAUGUUUGAAUAAAUGCUGCCCUUUCCGGAUUACAUACUUUGGUUAUGGUUAGAAGAGUGGGAGGUCCCCUCGGGACGGCACACAAAAAGUAGUUAUGUGCGGUGCCCUUCUACUGUGUAGAGACUCCCUUUUAGAUGUAAUAUUUUAAAUAUGUAUGGACUAUUUGCUUGGUAGAGAUUUUAAUUAAACAUGUUAUGUAUAUUUUAACUUUAGCUAAAUUCUCCCCUUCAUUGAAUACAUAAUUUAUAAUGGUACUCUUGUUUGUUGUGCCUUUCUUAUGUUCUCUUGCUUUUUCCGUACACCAGAAAUGCAUUGCAAUGUGCAUGGACCGAUAUAUGGACGCCUGGAACACUGUAUCCCGAGCUUACAAUGCCAGACUGCAGCGGGAGAGUGCAAAGAUGUGACAUGGAUCAGGAGUCCACGUCAAUCUGGAGAGUAAACCUACCAUCACUGGACAUAAUCUCCUUUGCUGCUGGGAGCUGUUGCUGUCAAAUUGAAGAAGGAUAAAAAAAACAAGGAACUAUAAAUGUAUGAGACUGUUAACAUAGGGCAAUGAUACUGAAAGGAUUUAUAUUGCAGUAAAAAUGACAGCAUGAUGGAAUAAAUCAGUGCUGCUCAAUAUCUCCUACCCUGCCACUUAAUCUCCUAACAGGGCAUAGCCUUAUUGAGAGUUUAAAGGGGCGGUGCGGGAGAUGUCUAAAUAUUGCGUCCCACUCCUACCCUUCUUCUACAAACACAAAACUGUCUAGUGUCCCGUUAGAAUCAUUUUUGUGUCUCCUUACUUUCUCAAACCAUUGUGCCACUGUUUUUGUUAUAACAAAAUCUUACUUCCAUUUGUUAUACGUUUGGCUCCCAAAUGGAAAAUUGAUUUUGUUGGUUAUCCCAAUAUGGAUAGGUUUAUCUCCGAUAUGUCAUUUCAAACAUGUAUAGUUAAUUUCAUAUGAUAGGCUGAUCAUUUUGAUUUUACAAAAACUCCUAUAUGUAAAAUUGGAAAAGUUCAUUAAUAAAACGUAUUUGAUACAAAAAAAAAAACAACCAAAAACUCAAGGUAAAUAUUCAGUUCACGAACGCUAACUCUAUUCCAAACCGUUUUAAGAAAAGUUUUUUCCACACUGUUAAAUUGUGAGAAAUAUUUAUAAUUAAUUAUUACAAUAUUUAAUGCUGCAGACACUGCUGUCGAGAAGUCAUUUAGAAACCUCACCUAUUCUAAAGUAGCCUUUCACAAACUACUAUUCGUCUGUCAGUACAGCAUUCAAUGAAUCUAUGCAGUGCUGAUUUUAUUUUAUACAAACUUUUCUACUACAAGUUAUUUUAAUACAUUUCCGAAUACCUAUCUGUACUUUUCUACGCUGCUCUAACCACUCUCUAUAUACAAUUAUAGCUUAGUUACAUAUUUAGACUUCCUGUUCUAAUUUUGUUGCUAAAAUCAAGGGGUUAUUUACUAAAUUGAAAAUAUGUUGAGAAUUUCACAUUUUAGUUCUAAUUAAACUGGAAGAGUUAUCUGGUCUAGUGAAUAACUCUGCUACCCUGAGUGUGGUUUAUCAAGUGAUGGGUAGAAGUAUAGAUUAGGUAUAUUACCUGCAUCAUUAACCUGACACACCGGUUAUACACAUUUUUUUUCCAUAAACUUUUAACGCUAAAAAGGUACCAUACCAAAUAAACCGUAUAUCAAUGUGAAGUUGCUGUUGUUAAUCUUGGUCUCAACUGUUCUUUGAUGUUGUGACAAGCAGCAAGUUGUUUUGUGUUUUUCAUUGUAAAUGGAAAUAAUGCAGGGGGGGGGGUUUAUACUUUUAUUUAUUUUUAUUAUUUUUUAAUUUCUUUUGGGGUGUAAUGGAAGGCAGCAAGAAAAUAAAUAAAUGUAUUUUGAUAGA